GUUAUCACUCUUCUCUCUCUUAAAUGAAAUCAAAACUCAUCUUCACUUCUCUUUCUUAACCAAACCCUCACUGCACACUCACUCUCACACUUGCCACUUCCUCUCUAAUCACUCACUCCCAUCGCCAACAACCGCCACAACUAACAGCCACCCAUUUUUCCUCUCUAAAUACCCACUUCAAAUCUCUCUUCAAUUUCCCCAACUCCACCUCACUCAUCAUGGUUCCCUACGAUUCCUCUGAUUCAGCUUCUUCCACCAGUAACCCACCAAGCUCCUCAUCUUCAAUCACCAAUAAGCCUCCGGAAAUCGACAACCUACUCGCCGGCGCCGGCUACAAAGUCCGUUCCUCCGACCUCCGCCAUGUGGCUCAGCGGCUCGAACGCCUCGAAACCGCUAUGCUUAACUCUCCUUCUUCCCAUCUUUCCGUCCUCGCAACCGACGCCGUUUUAUACAAUCCGUCUGAUCUUUCCUCUUGGGUUGAUACUCUUCUCACUGAACUUGAUCAAUCCCAGCCGCUCCCUUCUCUGCCGUCCGAUCUGUCCGAUCUCAUUCCUGAUCCGACGGAUGCCGAUGAUCAAAAUCCUUCCUGGGGACUGUUAUUGGAUCAGUCUUCUCAUCAACAACCACCUCAGCAAAAUAAUCAGUUUAGAGUUGUAUCGGCCAUGGAGGAAGAUUCAGCUAUAAGACUUGUUCACUUGUUGAUGACGUGUGCCGAGUCCAUCCAACGUGGCGAGUUAUCGUUUGCCGGCUCUCUAAUCGAAGACAUGCAAGGUUUAUUAACCCGUGUCAACACCAAUUCCGGUAUCGGAAAAGUUGCUGGCUGCUUCAUUGACGCUUUGAGCCGUCGGAUUUUCGCUCCGAUCAACGGCGGUGUAGGUGUUGGGGUUGUUGGGUCCAGCUCUGGUUAUGAGAAUGAGUUGUUGUAUCAUCACUAUUAUGAGGCGUGUCCGUACCUGAAAUUUGCACAUUUUACAGCUAAUCAAGCAAUACUGGAAGCGUUUGACGGUCAUGAUUGUGUCCACGUGGUUGAUUUCAACUUAAUGCACGGAUUACAAUGGCCUGCACUUAUACAGGCUUUAGCUUUGCGUCCAGGUGGUCCCCCUUUGCUUAGGUUAACAGGGAUUGGUCCUCCGUCACCAGACGGCCGUGACUCUCUCCGUGAAAUCGGUUUAAAACUCGCGGAGUUAGCUCGUUCUGUUAACGUCCGUUUCGCUUUCCGUGGAGUCGCAGCUGCACGCCUCGAAGACGUUAAACCGUGGAUGCUGCAGGUAAACCCUAAAGAAGCUGUUGCCGUCAAUUCAAUUAUGCAGUUACAUAAACUGUUAGGAUCCGAACCGAAUAGGAGUCCGACUAUCGAAUUGGUUCUUAAUUGGAUCCGUAGCUUGAACCCGAAAAUCAUGACGCUUGUUGAGCAAGAAGCGAACCAUAACCAACCCAUGUUUCUAGACCGGUUCACUGAAGCCUUACAUUAUUACUCAACAAUGUUUGACUCGCUCGAGGCUUGCACAAAUCAGCCGGAGAAAAUUGUAGCGGAGAUGUAUAUUCAAAGGGAAAUAUGUAAUGUUGUGAGCUGCGAAGGGUCAGCUCGGCUCGAGAGACAUGAGCCGUUAGCAAACUGGAGAAAGCGGCUUACGGCUGCCGGAUUUAUGCCGUCACAUUUAGGUUCUAAUGCUUUUAAGCAAGCCAGUAUGUUAUUAACAUUGUUCUCAAGCGAAGGUUACUGCGUGGAGGAGAACGACGGCUGUCUUACUCUCGGCUGGCAUAGCCGCCCCUUGAUCGCAGCUUCGGCUUGGCAAGCUGUGCCGGAUAGUAGCUCAUCGAUUGGGAUAAUUAGUGGAAAUAUUAAUAAUAAAAGGGUGGGAAUGUAAAUUCUAGAUUUUGGGGGGGGUGGUAUUUUGAGGGAGUUUACUUCUUUGCUUGUACUGUUAUCUUCAGUGAAAGCUUUUUACUAGAAUUAGACUAUAAAAUUAUCUAGUCUCUUUCUUGCUUUUAUUAAUAAAAUGAUAAUUAAGGUA